AUGGCGGUCGACACGGAAAAUGAAGGGACCGAUACGCAAAUGAACGACGAGGUUGCCAUCAAACUUACGCAUGUCAACACCGACCCCGAAAUUCUAAAGGCCGAGGCAGACACCUACAAGGGGCUUUCCGGGGGCGUCGGAAUACCGCGAGUGCGAUGGUUUGGUCAAGAAUGCGACUACUACGCCCUGGUCUAUGAGCUUCUUGGGCCAUCUCUCGAAGAUCUCUUCAACUAUUGCGACCGGCGAUUCUCGAUUAAGACGAUACUCCUCAUAGCCGACCAGGCUAUUUCUCGAAUCCAGUACAUUCACGGCAAGGGGUUCCUGCAUCGUGAUAUAAAGCCAGAUAACUUUCUGAUGGGAACCGGGACCAAAGGCAACAUAUUAUACGCUAUUGAUUUCGGUUUGGCGAAGGAGUUCUGCAAUGCUGAGCGGUUUCAGACUAUGCAAGGCCGGCCUUUUGGUGGCACUCGGCGAUACGCGAGUUUGAACAAUCACAAUGGACGAGAACAGUCCUGGGGAGAUGACUUGGAGUCGCUGGGAUAUGUGUUGUUGUAUUUCGCGCGUGGCUCGUUGCCUUGGCAAGGGCUCAAAGCUGCGACUGAGGAGAAGAACGAGUUGAUCAAACAGAAGAAGCUAAAGAUGCCGGUGACAGAGCUUUGCGAGGGCCUUCCCAGGGAAUUCGCGACAUAUAUUAGCUACACUCGGUCGCUGGGAUUCAAGGACAGACCAGAUUACGCCUACCUUCGCCGACUCUUCGGCAAAGCCUUCUCGGCUCGUGGCUUUAGAUACGAUAACAUAUUCGAUUGGACAGAGAAGCGAUUUGUUGAGAUACAAGGCGACAGCACCAAAAAAAAAGCGCAAUGA